UUUUUGUGUCUAAUAGUUAUUCAGGACAGCGCUGAAGGCCGCGUCGGGACAGAGGAGCAUGAAGAGGAAGACUUCGAAGAUCAAGCUCAAGCGUCUAGCGGGGACAUAGAGAAGACGUGGCCGACCGGGACACAGAAGACCGCACGAUAUUUCCACGGUAUUCUUUCGUACACCGAUCAUGUCACGUUCCUUAUGGAAUGGCGCACCCAGUCUCUCGCCGGUGGGCAUAAACGGACGAAGAAGGCCACGAAGCGUGGUGAGGUCUUUCAAAUCCGGAGCACAAUGCGCUCGAAGUAUCCCGGCUGGCACACAAAUCUCGGCACUAUCAAGGCCGCCCUCAAGUCGAAGCCCGAGUGGGCUGCAUGGACUCAGCAGCUGGUGGGAGAGAGGAAGGAAAAGCUCCAAGUUAACCGAGAGAAGAAGCAGCAGCGGACAGAGCAGCGUGAGAGGAAUGGGAGGGAGAGGAAGGGCAAGUCUGCUACUUAGUAGUAGGU